AUGGCAAUUGCAACCCACCUUACAUUGAAUUCAGGUUACCAGAUUCCAACCAUUGCGUUGGGUGUCUACCAAACACCACCAGAGGAGACUGAGAAGAUCGUUCUUGCUGCUUUGGAGGCCGGUUAUCGCCAUAUUGACAGUGCCCAAUACUACCACAACGAAGAAGAUGUUGCAAAGGCAAUUGCAAAGUGGAUUGCCGAAGAUCCUGCUCACAACAAAAGGGAGGACAUUUUUUACACCACCAAGAUCUACGACCAAGACCACGGGUAUGAGAAGACCAAAAAAGCUGUUGAAAUUUCUCUUGAAAGGGCAAAGGACAUUGACUACAUCGACUUGCUCCUACUCCAUUCCCCCCAAUCCGACUACGAAAGGAGACAUGGCUCCUGGUUGGCAUUCCAGGAAUUUGUGGAGUCCGGCAAGGUCAGAAGCAUCGGUGUCUCCAACUACGGUGUCAAGCACAUCAAGGAGUUGCUUGAAUAUCCCGACUUGAAGAUUAAACCCGCCGUCAACCAGGUCGAGCUUCAUCCAUGGUUGACCAGAGAGGACAUUGUGGACUAUGCUGCCAAACACGGAAUCAUCAUCGAGGCGUACUCUCCCUUGGUAAGAGGCCAGAAGAUGGACGACCCUACGCUUGUGAAGAUUGCAGAGAAGUACAACAAGACUCCCGCACAGAUCCUCAUCAACUGGUCCUUAUCCAAGGGUUAUAUUCCGCUUCCAAAAACAAGCAAGGUGUCUAGACUAGCUUCUAACCUUGAAGCAACGCAAUUUGAAUUAUCCAAGGAAGACGUUGACAUCUUGAGUGCACUAAACGAAAAUCUCCACACCUGUUGGGAUCCUACUGUCUACCCACUAGAUAACGAAAAGGAAGCCGAAAAGAAGUAA